AAGAAGUAUUAACAGAUCAACAAAUAAUUACUAUUGUCCAAAAUGAAGAUAAUAUUAUUGAAGAUAAUCAAGAAGACUCAGAUAAGAAACUAUUGAAAAUAUCUGUACAAGAAGCAUAUAAUUCUUUAAAAACAUGGUUAUCUUUUUUUGAACAGCAAGAAUCCCUGACUUUGAUAUGA